AUAAACAAAGCAGUUUGUUAAACUCUAGUCGAAUUCAAAUAGGGCAGGAAGUCAAAAACACUAAAGAAAAAUGGCAUAUAUGAAUGAAACAGAAAGCGACGUGUGGAAUUUCCUAUUCGUUGAGUUGGCUGAUCCACGUACAAAUGAUUGGUUCCUAGUUAAAUCGCCAGUACCGAUCUUCUCUAUUGUGGGGCUUUACUUGUAUUUCGUGCUUUCUUGGGGUCCACGUUAUAUGCACGAUCGCAAGCCUUUCAAAUUGGAAAAGACUUUAAUUGUGUAUAAUUUCCUACAGGUAUUGGUCAGCGCAUGGAUGGUCUACGAGGGCUGUGUGGCAUGGACAACGUACAAUUGGCGCUGCCAGCCGGUUAACCGUUCUUUCACACCGCAAGGUCUUAGGGAAGCGCGUGGCGUCUAUGUCUACUAUUUGGCGAAAAUCACCGAAUUAUUGGACACAGUUUUCUUUGUGUUGCGCAAAAAUGAACGUCAAGUUACAUUCCUACACGUAUACCAUCACUCAGUUAUGCCGUUGAUCUCAUGGGGCACCACCAAAUACUAUCCCGGCGGGCAUGGCACCUUCAUUGGCUGGAUCAACUCAUUUGUGCAUAUUGUUAUGUACACCUAUUACUUAUUAUCGGCAUUUGGCCCGAAAAUGCAAAAGUAUCUGUGGUGGAAGUCGCACAUAACCAAUCUUCAAAUGAUCCAAUUCUGCAUGGUCUUCAUACAUCAAACUCAGCUCCUGUACACCGAUUGCGGUUAUCCCAGAUGGUCCGUUUGUUUCACCCUACCCAAUGCCAUUUUCUUCUACUACCUCUUCAAUGACUUCUAUCAGAAAUCGUACAAAAAGAAACAAGUGCAAGCAGCAGAUGCUUUGAAUGCCAAAUGUGCCGCCGCCGCUGCUGCUGCAACGGCCAGCGACAACAACAAUGACAUCACCGCCAAAAAUUUGAAUGGUUUACCGAUAGCCGCAGCGUGCGACACACAAGCGAAAAAGAAUCUGUAAACAAAAGCUUUAAAAAAAAAAACAUUAAGGAGGCGCCUUACCUCCAAGAACUGCCAAAAUGGACUCAAAAGAACACGCGCACGCAUAAAUGUGUAUGUGUAUGUUUGUUCGAGUAUAUGUAUAUGCGUGCCCACUCACCGACGCUGUGUCCGAAGCUGAUCCGGCCAAGAUGUCAGCUAUACCUCAACAUAUCUCAGUUGUUUAAUCAUAUCUACUAAUUUUAAGUUAAAUCCAGUUUCCUUUUUAUCCACCAUAUUGUCUUUUUUGUAUGUACAUAAAUAAUAUUUAUGUACAUACGCACUUACAUAUGUAUAUGUAGUGGAGAUUCGGGUGUUCCUGGAUGUGUGCGUUGAGGGUUCUUAGUUAUUAACGGUUAUGCAAAUAUUUGUUGUUUCUUGCACAAGAAUUACUUGCCGAUUAUUUGAUUUUUAUAUUUUUUAUAUUUUUUUAUUUCACUACACAAUGCCGUCUUAUUGAUAAAUCAAUAACAGAAAUUAUUUAAACAGCUGUAUACUUUCUAAGUCAAUGGAGCAAGCAAAUGGUGUUUACUUACGAGUACAAUGAAGGACUUAAUACGAAAUUUGUAUGUGAUUGAUUCCCUUGAGGGAACUCGUUAUGCUUUUUCCAAGUAUACCAAAAAAAAACGGAGCCGGUUGCCAAUAGUUUUUAACUAAAGCUACUUAAGUCAAAUUAAAUACGCUAAAGCAUUGUUUAGUUUUAAUUAUUACGAAUACUUUUAGUUCUGUAAAUAUGUAUGUAUGUAUUUUAAAAACGUGUUUAUUUGUAUA